CAACCAUCUACAGAACUAAGUAUACUUCCUUCACAAAUCAACCCCAAAUCCACAAAACCAGUCCACACGAGUAUCUGAACUCUGUUGACACUGCAUCUUCGCUCUACCAUCCUGCUUUAUCCCCAAUCGCACACCUGAACCAUGAGCAACGAUCAGCCGCAGUCUCCCCGUCACUGGCACGGAGACAUCGGGAAGCGGUACGAGCAUCAAAACGUCUGGGUCCGCGGUGGGCAGUCUGCCCCCUAUUUCCGCCGGCCCUCGGUGCCAGGCGGAUCGGUGUACACCACUGCGACCGGACCGGAGAUGACUACCGAUAGACGUGGCUCUGACUCCUCUGAUAUGUCUUCAAACUCCAACAACAUGGCCAGCAGCCCGCCCACAGCACGGGACAGGCGACGCUCCAGUGGCCAGAACUCGUCUCUGUUCGAGAACCUGACUGCUCAGAAGCGCAACUCGGCCGACCCAAACUUCGCAUCACGCCGUGAGAGCUACACCGAACAGUCCCCAUCGGGUGGGAUGUUCUCCAAGUGGUGGGAUGGAUACACUCGGGGAACUAACCAGAGGAAUUGAUCAUGAGUAUCAGCUUCUGCUCCGUAUAAGGUGAUAUUGUGUAUUUGCUGUCAUGUCUUUUUCUGUGCGUCGGUUAUGUAUCGGCGG